AUGGCAGUGACGGUAUCGAUUACAGUGAACAGUUUUUUUUAUGAAAACGGGUUUGAAAGUGAUACCGAAGCAAUAAAUUGGGCAAAGGGAAUUGCUAUACGGAUUGGCUUUGAGCUGGUUAUUUCGUCUCACAAGAAAGGGGGGUUGGUAAAACUUUUGAGAUGUUGUCGGGGUGAGAGAUAUAGAGGGUCGCACACAGAUUCAGAUUCUUUUGCACGAAAAAAUACGAAGACGAAGGCCUGCCAAUGCCCUUUCAGGAUUGUGGUGAAAUUUAUUAAUGGCACAUGGACUGUUCUUGCGAAGUCUGGGAUUUCAAGUAUGCACAAUCAUGCGUUAGCUGUGUAUCCUGAGGGACACCGUCAGAUGAGCGGACUGAGUGCUGCGGCCAAAAUGAUUGUGCGGGAUAUGAGUGCGGCACAAGUUAAGCCGUGUGCUAUUUUGGCGGCUGUUCAAGAAAAAAUUUCAUCUGACAAUCCUACAAGAAGACAAGUUUAUAAUUACAGAGAUAAUUUGAGAAAGUUCAGCUUUGAGGAUAGAGAUAUGGUAGGUCAGUUUUUUCAUUUGGCUCUGACACACAACUAUUUACACUGGACGCUUUCUGAGGAGAGCACAGGUGUGUUGACUCACCUUUUCAUGUCGCAUCCUGACUCCGUGCGGUUAGUCCGAACUUACCCCUGGGUGAUCGGUAUGGACUCCACGUAUAAGACCAACAAAUACCACAUGCCUUUCUUUGAGAUUAUCGGUAUGACUCCUUCUAACAAGAACUUCUUAAUUGCAUAUGCAAUUAUGAAGGAUGAGACUGAGGGGAGUUACAAAUGGGUGUUGGAGAGGUUGAGGUUUUUGAUUGGCGACCACCUACAGCCGACUUGUAUUUUUACUGAUCGAGAGUUGGGGCUGCUUAAACCAGUGAAGGAGAUAUUUCCACAUACUCCUCAUCUGCUUUGUACGUGGCACAUAAAUAAGGGUGUAGAAGACAAAGUGUUCAAACUGUGUGGGAGAGACACCGCAAUAACUGAUACUUUCAUGAAUGAGUCGUGGAAGAAACUUAUUAAGACUCAAACAGAGGAACAAUACGAAGCAACUUUGACCACUGUGAAAAUGCGGACUAGAGCGUUUCCAGCUGUGAUACAAUAUCUUAACCGUACUUGGUUGGGGCACAAAGAGAAGUUUGUAUCAUGUUGGACAAACAAAGUCUUACAUUUUGGAAACACCACUACGUGUAGAGUGGAGAGUGCACAUGCUCAGCUAAAGCAGUGGCUCAACUCUAGUACCGGUGCUCUAGACACAGUUUGGACGAAGGUGGACUGCGUUAUACAGUCCCAGUUGACUGAUAUUAGGAAAACACUCGAGGGCUCCAGACAGACUAUAGGCGUCCAUCGACGAGGUUAUCCAUACGACCAUGUCUCCUACAAAGUGUCCCACUACUGUCUUGAUUUAGUGGCGAAGGAAUUAAGGCGUAUGAGAGAGUUGAGUUGCGAUGUUCUAGUUCGUUGUGGUUGUGUGCUGAGAACAACACAUCAGAUUCCGUGUGCAUGUGAGCUGAAAGCAGUGAUUGAUGCAGGUGUUCCGAUUAGUCUGGACAGUAUCCAUUCAUUUUGGAAGACGCUUGUUAUCGGUGACGGGGUUGAAACAUCAGAACAAGCCGAUUAUGCCGCUUUUCAGUCAGAGGAUCAUCGGUACUUUUGCGGGGUUGUGGAGGAGGUGAUGUCUCAGGAUCCCUCUAUUGUGCGCGACAUAUCUCAUAUUAUCAACGAGCGACUUCGGCCGGCGAUGGUGCACGCCAUCGCCUGGCGAUGGCGAAGGUCCGACAGACCAUCGCUGGGCGAUGGCGUGCACCAUCGCCAUCGGCCGGCGAUGGUGCAACCGGUCAUCGCCAUCGCCAGACGAUGA